UGAAGAACACAGCAUGCGUGUGUGGGGGUGUGUGCGUGCGUUUUUUUUUAUCUGGACGGACCACAUGGCAUGAAACUUGAUCUGAACUUCUUAUUUCUGGUGCUCCGAUUUUUUGUUGAAAAUUCGCCAUAUAGUAAUAUACCUACUUGAAACAGCCCUUUAAAUUCGGAGGAGGUAGUCAAUAGUCAUUGAGAUCCAGUUGACAUUCACAACAAGGGAAAUAUACUUGAAGUUCAGCUGCUUAAUAAAUUUUAUAGAUUGAACACCCCUCUUCACGCUGCCCGUACAGCUUAAAAAGAUGGCAACAAAUGUUGACUUGGUGGCAGACUUCCAGUCGGCCAAGAGGAAGGUUGAAAAAUACCACACCACCAUGAAGAGGAUUCCAACUGACGGAGUCCUACUCGGGGAAAUCUUAAAUGUCCCUGUGUACGAGUCGGAGAGCAACGAGAAUGUUCUGAACCUCGUUGAAAGUCUUUCCAAGCUGGCACAGCCAAGAUCUUUCUGCUGUGGUGGAUGGAUUGAGCUGAACACUUUCGACAAGAGGGCCAACUUGAAGAUGCUGGAAGAUAAGACGGUGCAGUACGGUUGGCCCAUCUGCGACCUCCCAGUGGACAAACUCUUGAAGCAUUGUACCCCUGCCCAGUAUGGGGACUUGGCCCGCCAGGCAACCGUUUAUGAUCCAAAUGUGCGUUUGGCACAUGAGUGCCCAGGGAGCAAGUUUGAGUUCAUGCAUAUCCCUAAAGACAGUGGAUACGUAAAUAUCCAAAGAUGGACCAGUUCAAGAGUUCCAAUGUUUCUUGAAGUAAUCCGUAAGAGGAUAUUGGAGACGCUUGUUGUGACUGGCAAAGACAUAACACUGCAACGCUACAAGCUGAAUGUGUACGGCAAAGGUGGAUUCUUCAGUGCCCAUGUUGACACACCAGUUGAUGCGGCUCUCAUGAUUGGAACAGUCGUUGUCUGCCUGCCCAGCAAGCACACUGGAGGAGUACUGAAGGUACAGCAUAAAGGGAUCAAAGAAGAGUUUAAGUUUGCUCAUUUGUCUGGUGAUGCUGAGAAGAUUCAGUGGGCGGCAUUCUACUCGGACUGCACCCAUGAGAUUCUGCCAGUUGAAGAUGGCCAUCGAGUCACAAUAACUUUUAACAUCAUUCAGAAGAGACCAGUAUCAAUUGGUUUCUCAGGCUGCAAAAGCGAGAAUUGCUUUGCCGGUCCUGUCGUCCAAGAAGACAAAGCUGAGAUAUUGGACAGCAUCAUUAGCGAUGCUGCUAAGAUUGCCACAGAUGUUGCUCAAGAUGAAGGCGUAGAGAUGUCUAAACUUGGCAUCUUCUUGAGACACAAGUACACCAUGUCUGCUCUCGCGGAAGCAAUUCUCAAGGGUUGUGACCAGACCCUCUACGAUGGCCUGACAUCAAAAGGCAUCAUCUGUCGCCUUCAGACGGUUCUUGUCCACGAAAUUGAGGUGAAUCUUGAGACUGACGAUGUAGAGGAAAGCAAAGAAGAACGGGAGCAGUAUGACGUCUUCUCCUUCAGCCAAGAGGACAUGGCAUUUGUGAACAAGCAGGGCCCCAAGCCGGAGCAUGCCCUUUGGGGGAAGAUGAAGUUUAUUCGAGAGUGGAGUAAAGAGAAGAUCAUGAUCAAUGAGGAGGACAGAGGAAGGGAAAACUACGGCAACUACACCGAGCCAGGUGAAACUGAGCGCCUGUACCUGCAGUCUGUUGUCAUCAUGGACAUCCCAGCGAAGAAACCCCCCAAAGAUAAAGCGAAAGAAUGUACUGGCUGUGCUGAUGAUGAUAAGCCUGCCACUUCAAACAAGAGUACAAAGUAAAGUAAAGGAAGAGGGUCAUACAAACUUUACUCCGUUAAGGAUUCCCCUUAAAACGUUUUUUACUUGAUGAUUGCUAAUUGUUGUUGUUGUUGUUGUUGUUGCUGCUGUUGUUGUAUUUUAAUACCAAGUUGUACUCUUAUAGCCUGCUGACCUUUGAAUAAUUAAAUGGUCUAAUGAUUAGUACAGUAGAUGGGUGUCUUUGAUGGGAUUGUGCCUUUGAUGAUAAGCAUCAAGUAUAGCACACUGGUGUCAGAGUAUGGCAUGAGAAGGAUUAUGUUGUGAGAGAGAUAUUUAGACAUGGAAGAUUUGUCCUUUAAAGAAAUAUACCGGUUGGUAGUUGCUUGUUAUUCUACCAACAUUUUUUUUCAGAAGGCCAAUCUACAAUGGCCCUCCAGCCAAAAUAUCCCU